AGUUGUUAUGGCGCGUAAAGGUUUUACCGACCCUACACUUAACGUUCUAGGGGUAUAUAAUUAAAUUAUUUUAUUUAUGUUAAACGUAGCAAAUUGUUGGUUGUGAUACAUAUAGAAAGUACUAAACAAUUGCAUCAAUUAUAGAUGAUUUUUACUCAUGGAAGUUAUGGCGUGGGGCUUUGUUUACAAACAGAAGAUCAUCUUCGUGCAGUUCGGUUAGUUUUGUGUUGCCAGGAACUUAAAUUAAAAUAUUCCUCUUUUUGCGUAAAUACCUACCCUAUUUAGUGAAUAACAUACCCAGGCCUAGCAAGUGAAAGUAAUAUAAAAUGGACGAUUCUUGUAAUUACUCGCCAAUAGCCAGUAAGGUUAGUGAUCCAGCUAACGUAGGAAGUAAAGCUGACUGUUCGGAAUCAUUUAAGAGUAGGCCUAGGCCUAAGCAUAAUGACAAUGAUAAUGGCUUUAUCAAAGGAUUGCUAAACAGAUUGCCAGAGUUAGAUAAUUCGUUUGAUCUCAUUCGAAAGGUAGGGGAAGGCACAUUCAGCAAUGUCUACCUGGCCACUUUAAAAGGUAGAAAGGAUAAAAGAAAAUUUGCCAUCAAACAUCUUAUUCCUACAACCCAUCCUAGAAGAGUAAAGUAUGAGUUAGACUGCAUGAUUCGUAUGGGAGGAAAAGACAAUGUAGUUUCCUGUGAAGCAACUAUAAGACAAGAUGACUGCAUAGUUUUCAUUAUGCCUUAUCUCCAGCAUCAGAAAUUUGCUGAUUAUGUUUUUGAUAUGACUGUAGAAGAAACAAGAUUAUAUAUGAAAAAUCUGCUUAUAGCUUUGAAGAGGGUACAUUCAUUUAACAUCAUACAUCGCGAUGUUAAACCAGGUAAUUUCUUGUACAACCGAGAGAAUAAGAAGUUUCUUUUAGUUGAUUUCGGCCUAGCCCAGAAAUCCAUUGACAGAUCUAGCACUGCACUUGAAGAGAACAACCAAACAGCUUGUGGAAAAAGAAAACGUGAAGACGAUGAUUCAGAGAAUAUGGAGAGGCCUGUUGUAAAACGAAGUGCAUUGCAAACCUUGCCGUUGGAUGUGAAUAGACAAGAAAUCCAUUCAUCGGCAAACAUACUAAAGUUUUCCAAACAACCGUUAUCAAUUCAGCAACAGAAAUGUCAGUCAGCAAAUGCAGCCUUGUAUAGUUCAAGACCACUAGUAGACCAUAACAAGCCAAUAGGCCUACAUCGAAAACCGUUGUCAUCCAACCCUUCAAAUGUCCUUAAUAAUACAAGUGAUAGUAAUCAAACAUUUCAAAGCUUAGCAACACAAAUCAAAAACAUAUCUGUAGAUAAAGGAACAAGUUUUGUGAGAGUUCAAAAUUCUCAAGUCCAAACAGGUCAAAAAUCACUCUUUCCUCGCCCUACAGCUCCUGUACCUCGUAAUGACGUUUGUGAUUGCUAUAGAAGAGCACGAAUAUGCAAUACAUGUAUAACUCGUAAAGCAUUAAAUGCUCCAAGAGCUGGAACACCAGGUUUUCGUCCCCCAGAAGUUCUUUUGAAAUAUCCUUACCAAACGACUGCUGUUGACAUUUGGGCAGCUGGAGUCAUGAUGUUGUGUAUCUUGAGUGGUUGUUACCCUUUUUUCCGUUCCCCUGAUGAUAUUACGGCACUAUCCGAGCUCAUAACAAUCUUCGGGUCGUCAGCAAUCGUAAACCUGGCCAGGAAAUUAGGCAGGAAUGUAAUUUGUAGUGAAAACCGUAAGCCAGUGAACCCUAUGAUUCUUUGUGAAUUUCUUCGUCGUCGAAAGAUUGAUGGGGAAAAGCCACAACCAGGACAGCCUUUGUGCGAAGAGUGCAAGAAUGCAAUCAAUGAAAAGUAUGGCUGCUUGUGUGAAAGUAAGUGUAAAUUAGACUUAUCCAAUACACUAUUUCCUAGAUCAGCUUUCGAUUUGCUUUGCAAGUUAUUGGAUUUGAACCCAGAAACUCGAAUCACGGCAGAAAAAGCACUGCAGCAUCCCUUUAUAAAUGGUUCCAGCUAAAGUUAACUUACUGCAAUGACUUAGUGUCCUGAAAAUCUUUUAGCCCAAUACACUAAGCCCCUUUAACCUACCUUUUCAACCAGGAGAGCCGCAAGAGAGUAAUUCAGCUUAGUCUAGUAGUUCUCUCUACUUGUACAUAUUUGGCUGAGAUUUUCAGGUAUACUGAGUAAGUUACUGUUUAAAUCUAAACGGCAUAGGCCUAAGUUAGGCUGUUGUUUAAUUUUUUACUAUGUAAAAGUCCUUGUAAAACUAAAAGGUUUUUUAGCUAGGCCUGCUCAAAAUAAAGUAAUUGUUAUAAAAAGAUAUAAAUUGCCUAUUUAAUAAAUUUAGGAUGUUAUUUAAUUUAUGUGAACCAAUGUAUUAAGUUAAAUGCCUUUAAGGUGCAAAAGUUUUAUGUUAAUUAAUUUUAGGUUCACUUAUAGAAAACAUUUCUUCUUGACAAAUAGGCCUGAUUGUUUUCUUCCUCGACUUUUUGCCAUAGGCCUAUACCUCAGUUUUGUCAAGCUGUUAUCGUAGAUAGUCUUAAAUUCUAAAUUAGACCAUAGCAGUGUCACCAAUUUUAGAAAUGAUUUUGGAAACAUC